AUGGAUUUAAUUCGACUUAAAUCCCGUAAAACAUUACUUAGUUUUCUUGAAUGUAUAUCCAACAAAGAUAAUGGCAAUAAUUUGGCACCCCAACUUUUUAUUGAAACAUCAAUUUCCUCACUGCUAAGUUUAAUCACUGAUAUUGCAGAUUAUAAUAAUUUUGGUUUUAAAAAAAUUCAACCUUUAAUCAUUUCAGAAGAUAUUGAGGAAAGAUUAGAAUCACUAGUAUGCGAUUUUGAAUUUGAUUCAAAUACAAGAGUAAAUCUUGUAUAUGAAUUGAAAUGUGUAUUUCUUUGCCACCCAUCAUUGAGCUCCACCUUUACGAUUGUUAAACACAUAGAAUUGAUCUCAAAAUUAUUAAAAAAAAAUAUAAGAAAACAAAAAAUUGAUCUCUGUUUUUAUAUUGGUUUUGUUCCUUUUUAUUCGAAAUUAAUAUUACGGCUUCUACAUCAGCAACUAACUUCACUAAAUAUUUUCCCCGAAUGUUAUUCAGUUAAUUUAUACUGGGCCCCUUUAGACGAAACAUCUCUUUUGAUGGAAAUAAGAAAUGUUUUUUUUGACUUCCACGUUUAUAAAGAGGAAUCUUCUUUACAAUUGGUCGCCUAUUCUUUAUAUUGGCUACUAAAGUUUACAAACUCAACAAAUGUACCUAUUUAUUCAAUAGGAUCAGCAGGAGUGACAGUCCUAGAGCACUUGAUGCGAUAUAUCAAAGAGAAUAACUCCUUAUUAGAUAAUCUUAAACCUUUUGAUUGGAAUACGCUUUUUGAAACAGAAGAUGAUCAGAAUUGUAAAUAUUUAGGGCUCAACCAUUUCGACAAGGAUUUAUUAACAAAUACUUUGGAAUUUACUCAGAAUUACCUUCAGAACUCUAUUAUUAACAAUUCUUCAAAUAAUGAUUUGAUUAAUGAUUUUCCGAUGUGUUUUGACCAGGUAAUCAUAAUUGACAGAAGAUGUGAUCUUGUCACUCCAUUUUCAACUCCAUUCUCUUAUCAUGCUUUACUUGACUUUCUUUUUGGCGUCCAGAAAACAUAUGUUGAUAUACCAGCGGAUAAAGUGCCAUCAGAUGUUAGUGAGGAAUCUACUCAUUGGAAACUACCUCUUUUUGGAGAUCCAUUAUUCACAAUAUUAAAGGACCUGAAACUUAAGGAUGUGGGGAUUUACCUCCAUCAAAAAGCAAACGAGCUUCAAUCACUAUAUCAGGAAAAAGAGAAACUUAAGGAUAUUUCUGCAAUCGGAGAUUUUAUUAGAAAAUUAAAAGGUAAGCAACAUGAACAAGGAACACUUGCUAAACAUGUUAAUAUUGCUACAUAUUUAAAUGAGUAUUUUACAAAAGAUUACCAAACCUUGACAAGAUUAAGACUUGAAGAUUCAAUUAUGUCGGAUUCGUCCCAAUCGGUGACGGGCGUUGUCAAGGAACUUAGUACAAGAUUUUCAGAAGCCAUUUCAUUAAGAGGAACGGAGGAGUCUCCCUUCGAAGAUCUUCUAGAUCAGGAGGGUAUUCAAAUAGAGGAAAUAUAUAGAAUUUUGUGCCUCUCUUGCAUAAUUGAAAAUGGUUUCAAGAAUAGAAAAAUUUAUGAGCAAAUAAAAAAGCAUAUAUUAUCAGUUUUCGGAUUUGAGGAAUUAUAUAGAAUGAAUAUUUUGGAAAGGGUCGGACUUUUAAAACUAGAAGCGAGUAAAAAAUCAUAUUGGCAACUAAUAAAACGUUCUCUUAAUCUUUUUGUUGAUGAGAGUGAAUCAGAAAAUGACAUCAGUUGUGUGUAUAGUGGAUAUGCCCCAAUAAGUACAAGAAUCGUUGAAAUCCUGUGUAGAGAAAUUAGCAAUACCAAGUCAAGUAGUGAUGAUUCUUCUAAAGAGGCACUUAAUUAUGUGUGGGGUCCUAGUGUUGAAUUAAUUCCGUCUACACUAUCUACGGUUAAGCACAAUUCAUGUUUGGUUGUUUUUGUUGGAGGAGUAACAUUUGGAGAAAUUGCAACUCUUAGAAAGCUCCAGGGAAUUAUUAAUAAGGAGAUCAUCGUUGCAACCACAGAAAUUAUUAACCAUAGAUCAUUUUUCGAAUCAUGCAAAAAACCAGAAAGCAUGAGCCACCUAAAAAAUGAAAAUAGCAAAUGA